UGUAACCUACCGAAGCCUAUGUUGAUGUUGACAACAGAGGUUAAAUUUGUUUCUGAUAGAUACAAGAAUUUCAAGAUACUUUAAGGCGAAUCUCUAAAAACAUUGGAAAAUAAUUAGACUUCAUUAUUAAUUUAGAAUUAACUUUUGUCAGAAAGUGAAUCAUGUCAGGAUCUGGUAGAGGAAGAGGAUGGUUAAGAUUGGGGCCAAAUGCCGUUUCUGUGAGACCAGGACUAGAUCCAAUUUCAAAUGAUCCUGUACUAGAGGAUAAGAAUGGUUAUGAUGAUUUGAUCAAAAAGUUCGAAUUUUUGAAUAUCGAAGACGACGGUAUCACAGUAAACAACAAAAUAUACCACAUUAGAGACGAGUUCAUGAAAAAAUGUCCCACAAUUAAUUUGAUAAGGGAGGCAAUGGAAGCUAUCCAUGAAGAAUGUUUGAGAAAUGAAAGAUUUUCAGAAAAAUUUGUCCUGUUCAUUUCUUCAGCACAUUUUGAAAAUAAACAAAAAUCUGAAGAACAAAUCCUUUGGAGAAAUACAACUAGAAAGGAAUUUAUUUCAUGGUUACAGCAGGAUUUUGAAUGUAGUGAGAAACGUAGGGAUGAAGCUCCUUCAAAAUUUUAUAAUGCAUUAAAAUUGUGCAGUAAUUUUUUUUAUAGCAUCAAAAAAUUUCAAUCAAAAGGCUAUCCUAUAUUAGAGGGAAUAGCUGUAAUGGGUUAUAUAAACCAGCUGUUGCAUUAUCGAGAUGUGAAAGAAAUUAAAACGAUCAUAUAUUUAGCAUGCCGUCAUUCAUCAAUAAUACUUCAAUUGAUGGAAGAAAACUCACCACAAUUUGAAGAUUUUCUUUGUAAACUUAAACUAAAAUUGAUCCAGAGCUCUCCAAUACCAAUGAACAACAUUCUCUUAUUUUUCACUUAUGAAUUGAUUACUCACAGAUAUGAACUAACUAAAGAAGAGUUGGAAUUUUAUAGGAGGAAUAUAAAUAAAGAUGAUUUCUCAGAGAUAUCGGUAUUGUAUGAUGCUCUACCACAGCCAUCAACUAAUUGUCACGAACACGACACAAGAAAAAAAACAGAAGAACAAAGGGGAUGUAAGUUAGAAAUGAAUGGAGUAGAUAAUUCAUUUUUUCAACAGCCAAUUGAUCAAGUUAGAUUGAACUCACCGGAAGAAAAAUCUGUUUCCAGUUCCAUAUUAGAAAAUUCGAUCAGGCCUAUGGCCCCAGAAGAGAAACUUGUUAAUUACAGGUUCGUAAAAUCCAAUGGGUCAUUUUACUCUGAUAAAAUAGACCGUCCUCGAGAACCUCUGAAUUUAAAUGGUUUGUCUGAAAGUCUGAAUCCACCAGAAAGGGUUGGUAGGCCUAUUUUAGGGGUAGGAGCAAGACUGAAAAGAAACUAAUCUGUAUUUUUUUUAUGUGAUUAUAAAUAUACAGGGGGUCAAUAAGUUCACAGUUGAUGAUACCUGCUCUGUUUCAAAAUUUAAGUAUAUUUGUUGUGAAUGUUAAUCUACAGGUAUAAACUGUAGAUCAACAUAAUUUCAUGCCACUUUUGAAUUGAAAUUUUUUUAUCACCCUUUAGUGUAGAUCUAUACCAACUUUAUUAUGUCUUAAAAUCUCUUGUUAUCAGUUUUCAUUUAGCCGCCCUGUAUAUUAAAAAGACAAAAAGUAAUGACAAGCAGAAAGUGAUUUUGAUUUGACUGAAGAUAAUUUGGUUGAAAUUUAUAAUUUUUCAAUAAUUGCUUCGUCAUAUUUAGAGAUGUGUGGAUAUUUUAAGAACUCCAAACUUUUUAUUGUGCACAAAUUUUAUUUACAAAUCUAAGAUAAUUGUAAUGAUGCAAUGGUUCAAGUAUUGUAUAAAGGAUAUCCUUUAUACAAUGGUUCAAGUAUAUUCGAGAUCCAAGAACACUGACUAGUAUAAUUUACUAAUUUUCGUCAUUUUUCAUUUCUUUUAUCGUUUCAUGUGCAUUCACACCAAUUUGCUUAUUAUUGAACAAAUUAUCAUUUUCAUCAGAAAUCAUUUCAUUUUCAAGCAAGGAAUAUAUUACGGAGUAAAUAUAAAUAUUUAUACAUGUUUAUAAUAUUAAAAAUAAACGGUAAUACAAUUUUAUGAUCAAUUUUCAUCUUACAACAUAUGAAUAAUUUCCUUUGAAAUGAUUUGUGAUAUAUUUGCGAUUUUAUUUUCCAUUGAUUCGAAAUUCACUAUUCAUGAAGCAUCUAUACAUAAUUUACCAUAGAAGAAAAAUAGUUAUUAAAUGUCUAUAGUAUACUAUAUAAUUUUUUCUACUUAGAUUUCUUUUUAUAUUUCACAGAAUUUUAUGAAUGAUUUCAUUCAAUUUAUGUAUUUAAAUGGAUGUAAUGAUUUUCAUUAUAAUUAAUUUAUUGCUGUAUAUUUUUUUCGAAAUGCCAUUCGCAUUGUUUUGUUUUGUAUAAAGUUGCUACUUUAAAUAUUUAAUUUUUAAGAAAUUUACAAAUGUCUUUGCUUAUCCUUAUAUCCGGUAUCAUAUGCUAUUCAAUAUGUAGUUAUAAUAUUAAUGUAAGUACUUUACAAUUUUUAUAAAAUUGUCAUAAAUAGAUUAUAGGAUUUUAUUGUGAAUUGGUAAGGAAGAAAUGUUUUGAUACUGUUGGAAUUUGAUUGCAAUCUCAUAUUGGAGUGUUGAAUAAGUAAGGACUGAUAUUAAUAUAAGAGUAUAAAAUA